UACACCAUACUGCCCGGCUUGGUAUGGAGCCCUAGUGUGGGCGAUUCCAUAUGAGUCCAAUGCAAAUAAAAACCAUUAUGAUCAUUCUGCUUUGUCUGAGAUUACGAUUAUGAUUUGUCUGCUAUUAUAGCCAAUUUCCCUUUCCUUCUUUCCUCUUACACCCUUUGUCAGCUUGAGCUGUAAGGUUGAACCAUACACACAUUUCGUGAAAAGCUCCGUACUAUAUAUAUUUUCUCUUUAGCGGUAUCAGAUGGAAAUAGGCUAUGAUUACCUUGUUUUCUAUCUCAGGGACCUUUUACUUUUGAAAGUGGCUUUUGCAGAAUGCUGAAUAAAAAUGUUGUCUUUUUCGGCAGAUAAAGAAAGUGAGAAGAGAUGUUGAUUUGGGACUUGGGAGAAUCCACCAUAGCCGAAGAACUAGAAAAAGAUUGAUUGGUAUUAUUAUUUUAUUACUUGAGAGUUGAAAAUGAAUGAAAGUGGGGGGAUAUCAGCUUCAUCAUUGGCUAUCACAACAACUGAAAAGAAGCCUCAAAGAAGUGGAGGAGGCUGCGUAGCUCUCUUCUUUCAGCUCUUUGACUGGAACCGCAGGUUAGCCAAGAAGAGAUUUUUUCCCAAGAAAUUGCUUCCACCAGAUCGUUCAAACCAAGGUUCUAAGAAGUUCGGGGGAGAUGAGAAGCAGCCAAAGCUCCGUUUGGUAUGUUUAAAUCUCAACCAAAUUAAAUAAAUUGAGAACUUGUGUCUACAUGUUCAUUAUAUUUUGAUGUUUUUAUAGUUUUAUCAUGUGAAGUUGUGAAUGCCAUAUAGAUUGCAGACGAGAACAGUGGGGGAUUUCCUAACUUUGGCAAGAGCAGCAAGUUUUAUUAUUCUGAGAAGAAGAAGGAAAUGAGGUCUCCCGGACUGGUUGCUAGGCUCAUGGGACUGGAUUCCAUGCCAGCCCGCCCAAGAGACGAUUACCCAAAGAAGGUUUCCUUGAAAGAUCAAUCUUCUGCCACUAGUAGUAAAGAGGAAAAUAAGUUUGAGGAGGGGGGAGAUCCAAUUGUUGCAAACUUAAGGCCUCAGAAGGCUCAGAAAACAGGAAUGAGUGACAGGCUGCCAGUGACUAGGUUUGGAUCCGAGGCUUUCCACAUAAAGAGUAUGCUUUCACGGCCGAGGAAGAAGCAUCUCCACCACCCAAAGCUUGUAUCUCCCGUUAAAAGCUCAAGGAACGUCCCCCGGUCCCGGUUGAUAGGUGUUGCAAAUAAGAUUCUUGAUCCUGGAGGGAUGCAAAAGAAGGGCAGGGGCAAAUAUGUUCUUACCGCCUCAGACACUCUGCAUCCACCUUCAUCAUGUAGAAACUGCGGUCAUUCUUUUGACAUUGUGGACUCCAUACCAAAUGAAGAACAUGAAGUUUCUGGAAUUCCUUCAGAAACAAGUGUGCCUAAAGUGCCUUUAUAUUUCUCCCAUGAACAAAUAGAGAGGAGGCCUUAUCCACAAACCUCAUCUAUUGGUCUGAUGCACAAAGCCCAAAGGCAAAACCAAAUCUUUCCAGGGAGAUACACUAGAGUAAAGCAAAACCAAACAGGUCCUACCAGUGAGGCUAAAGAUUUUGUUUCGUUGAACAAAAGCUUAAAGAGGAUGCCUGUAAAGGCAGAAAGAUUUGAUUUUGAAGCCGAAAGAAAUUUUUCUAAUGGGAGAGCCAAGUCUGUAUCCCCAGUGCAAAAGAGAAGGUCUAUUAAUGUUGCUAGACAAGGCGAGAGUCCAGGGCACACAUAUGCUAGCUCUAAUCCAAUGAGUGGAAAAGACACUGAUCUAAAUGGCACAUUAAGACUGAAUGGCAGUAACAAUGCUCCAUUCACGUUUACAUCUCGGUUCAACCCAAAGACAGUGUUGCCUAGAAAAUCCACCACUGUCCUUCUCCAGGAACUUAUAUCUGCCUUAACAGUAGAUAGACAAUUUGAAGAAGAUGGUUUUAAUGUAAGACCAAGCAAAAUGAGUGGCAUCUUUAGCCCCGCUGCCCCAACAAAGUUUAUGGACACUUCUUUUACCAGUAAAUCUUUUGUCACUGACCUUACCAACAAUGUAACUGAAGUCCUAGAAAAGACCAAGCUUUUCUAUGGGUAUUUGAGGAAAGGAAGCAAGCUAAACUAUGCAAAGGAGGUAAUUUUAAAUGCCGAACUAGUGGUUAGCAACUUUUCGAUAACACGUUUUGUUCUUGAAGAUCUUGAAACUCUAUCAUGUGUUAUAACAAUGAGGUUUAGUGACAUCCUUGGCAUUCACACUACCAGAAAUGAAAAUGUGCUUAAAAGGUUUGUCUUUGAUUGCCUUUUGGAGUUCUUGGAUUCGAAGUGUGUUUUCAAGGCGUGUGCAAAGUUACCACCUUUCACGAACGAGGAGACGUUAGUGUUUGAGACUCUUGAGGAGGUCAAAUUGUGGAUGGGAAUGAAGGGCUGGGCUCAUGAUGAGCUGUUGGAUUGGGACAUGAGUCAUUCGUUAGGGGAGUGGACUGGUUUUGGGAUUGAUAAAGCGUUUGAAUGUGGUGCUGAAAUUGGUCAACUUAUACUCCAUAGUUUGGUUGAGGAAGUUGUAAAUUACCUCUGAAACAUUCUCCAGAAAUAUCUUAAGAAGAUUGUUUGUACAAAUGGAGCUUUGUAGUGAUUAACGCUGACUCUGAUAUGAUUCUUGGAAUUAGUAGUCAAAAGAAUUUGCAUUGUAACCAUGAUCUUCAUUAAUUUGUCUCUCGGGUUUGUUUAGAUAACUGAUUCUAU